GACUAUUACGUUACUAGCAUUAUAAUUAUAACAUUAUAAUUCAUACAUGUAUCACAGUAACACUGCAAAAAUAAAGACAGAAAAACAGAUCCAACUAAAAUCAAGUCUUAUUUAUAUACAAACAAUAAAGAACGCUUCAAUAAUUAAGGUUGUUGCAGUAGCAGAUCAGCUCACCAAUCGGGCUUUCUGCCUCCUGGAUGCGCGCGCACCCUGUAAUGUUUGUAAACUUGCAACCCCUCUAUAUGUAACUAUACUUUUCCAUUUAUACACUUAGUGCAAGUAAAGAUCCCAUGUUUUCUUAGACAGAUCAAGGCGUAUCACCCAUUCAUAGCUAACAAUAUUGUCUAAUUUGAUAUCAUUCUCUAUGAUGUCCUUGUCAAAUGUAGAUAAACAUAGUAACCUAUCUAUAUAGGGAAGAAGAGAAUCUGUGAUGUAUAAAGCUCUUAAUACAGACGUUUGUAAAAUCUGUGAUCAGAUCGUCUUUGUUAUCAGAACUGGAAGGAAUUAAGUUCUAUGUGCCAAGUAUUUACCUGUUCUCUCACCUUUGUCAUGGUAGUUUUGCUUUGUACAAAAUAGGACAAAUUCUGCUUUUUCUGUAUAAUAUCAUGUAGCUUCAAUUUUAGAGUGUUUAAAAGUUAUAGGAUUCGGAUGGCUAAUGUUGCUUUUUUAAGGUCCUAAUCGUUUCUUUCAGUUUUCCUAAUUUUUCACGUUCCAGAUGUUUACGUAGCAAGCAAAGCUGAAUAAGCCAAACUCUUCAAGACUGAUGUAAUACCAGUGUGUGUUAUACCAGGUCACUUUGUGUUUUUCUUAUUGUUUGAGAUCAUAAUGAUUACGUCUGUGGGAACGUGAUCUGACAAAUCUAUAUUCCCAAAAGAGUCAGAUUGAGCCUAACCCACCAGUUGUUUUGAGAUUAAAAAUAUAGUCGAUUCUCCAGGAUGACUGAUGAAGAUGUGAAAUCCUUUUUUAGGGGAUGUUAUGAAUAUGGCGCAUAUAUCUCAGGCAACAUUUAUCCAUCAUGAUAUCUUACUUGAUUUAAUACUGAGGAGGUCUGAUUAAUAUUAGAUUUAUCCUAAUUUGUAUUUAUAACUUGAUUAAAAUCUCCAGCUAGUAUAGUUAUUUUGUGUUUCUUUCUACCUCCUCUGAUCUGUUGUUAAAGCUGUAAAUAAUUAGGUGCUAGUUUGGUGUAGGAAUGUUUUUACUGAACAGAACUGCUUAAGAAAGUAUUGAUCUUAACAUAUAAUUCUGAUAUUCUUGACCAAUAGAAAUGAUGAUUGUGUGAAACUCAAUACCUGAGUUGGUUUAGUGAAGAACGGUUGAGUUAUUAUGUUGAAUGUAUAAAGCUGAUAUCUAAUGACUGUGGGGGGGGGGGGGUUGUGUUUAUAGCAACAGUGUGAAGCCACAACCCUUUAUAUUUAUUAGCUCUUGUCAGUAUAUACUUUUCUACAGUAUGAAGUAAUAAAUGAAAAAUGUCCAUGAGCGCAAUCAACUUCCAACUUUCCAGCGACGAUAUUGAUCACAUUUGGGCAACAGUGUCAUGUUUUAUUGAGCAACAGAUGCUCAUGAGGAAGGGGGUUUGUAUCUUGGGUUUGGGGACUUUUACAUUCUGUCUUCACAAACUCAGACCAACAUUCGUCCUGUCAGAGAAACUCUCUCACAGUUAUGGAUUCAAACAGAAGAAACUUCAAUGUUCAGAUGUGCCUGUGGUGUCGCUCAACUUCUCAGCUCUCAGUGUGGAGAGCCCAUACGAGCGUGACAUUGUGCAGGCCUGUGUACGUCAGACCGUUCUCCUGCUUCUCCACGCGGCUAACACGCGUCACUCUGUAGCUCACGCCUUCCACCGAAUCGGAGUUCUGAUGUUUCAACAAACCCGAGUGAAGAUGAUCUUUUAUCGUGACUUCAUCUCAGCCGUGGAUGCUGCUUGGAAACUUUCAUCAACGUUAACCAGCAGACCCGAGUCGAGCGGCCGUCAAUCAUCUGAGAGACUAAACCACAUCCAGAGACCUACGAGCACCAGCACCACUGUGAUACCAAGAACAUCUGCUGGAGAACAUCAGAUAAAGACUGAACCUUCGUCGUCUUCACGCCAAUCCCAUGAAAAAGUUGGACGGGAUAACAUUGAAUCUUUUGGCUGUGCAGCUGAGAUUCAACAUUCAGUAUCGUCACAUGAUCGAUCAGCAGCAAGUGAGAUUGUUAACGUCACAGAUGAGCAAAAGACAUCAAACACUGACAGAGUUGAGAAGCUUUCACAGACACAAGAGGACACAAUGAGCAUAAAGAGAUUCAGUGAGACAGGUGUGAAGAUGACGUGCAGUGAUCAUAGACGAGCAGGACAGGAGUUGUGUUAUGUGUGCAUGCAGCGAGCCCAACGAAACAUUCCCCUUUAUGUUUCUGAUGAGAAAAGAAAAGCUGAGCGAGAACAAGAACGAGUCUUAAUGCUCAACCAACAUCAGAAAGAUCAAGAGUAUUUCCAUAAAGAAGAGAUGGACAGAUUGCAGAAGCGUGAAGACGGGCGUCAAGUGGCUGCGUUUAAUCUGGCUGUUGCAGAAGCUCAGAGAGACAGGAAGACAUCGAGCCGAUCACACGGUUCGUACAUCUUUGCGGGUCGUUCAUGCACACCGAACCGUCUGCUGCAGCUGAGGUGCUACAUGCAGGAGCUGACGCAUGAAACUGACAGACGCAGAGAGCAGCAGACGCAAGAGAAACGACCGCAGCAAGACAAACUGUUUGGGCUGCAGCGAUGGGAAGAGAUGGCUUUAAAACAAUCUCAAGAGCUUCAUGACAAACACCAGAUGAGCAGCAUGUACCGGAAGGCACUUGAUACACAAUCAGAAGACAAACGGGCAGAAAUUAACGCUCAUCACGCUGACCUGAGGCCUGUAUUCGGCCUGAUGGACGGAGAUCCUGCGGCUAUAGCGGAGCAGAGACGGCGAGCGCAGAAGAUCGCAGAGGAGCUGAAGACCACGAACAUCAGCAGAAGAAGAGACGCUCUGAUGAAACGCUUGAAUGAGCAGAAGAGAGAACGAGAAAUAAUUCAGACCGACCAGAAACUAAUGUUAGAAGAGCGAAUCCGUCACUGUGAGAAAGUUCAACGCGUGCAGGCCGACUGUGAGAGAAACUGGCAGCACAGCGUCUCACUAAAACACCAGCGAGACCGAGAGGAGACGGACUUCAGGAGGUUUUGCGGUGAAACUCUAACCGAUCAACUUAAAAAAUAUGAGCGAUGCAGCCGAUGCAAACGCACCACAGCCAACCACGGCCAGAGCAACAUCUUCAGAGACACACAUUUUUCAUCAGGAUCUCGCUUCGUGUUGUAGACCAAAAUAAUAAAGAAACAGCACGAUCUUCAAUUUAGACAUCUUAUGUAAAACACGAUGAAGUGGCCGCUGACAUCUUAUAUCUCUGCGAUAACUUCCCCUAACCCUAAUAUUGAAGAAUCUUUGUUUUCAGGUCAUUUGAGAGUUUUGAGAGGCCUUCAUGUUGCCACUCUUCACUGGCCACCUUAAAUACCUUUUUCUCAUGAUUGGAGGCACCUGUCUAUGAAGUUUAAGGCUUCAUGAGCUCACCAAACCAAUUGUGUGUUUCAAUGAAUCAGUGCUAAGUAGUUGCAGGCAUUCAAAUCAACAAAAUGAAAAGGGUGCCCAAAUGUAUGCACCUGUCUAAUUUCGUUUUGAUGCAUAUUGCACAUUUUCAGUAAAUCUAAUGAAGCUAAAGAAAUAUUACUGUGUCCUUCAGUUUCAAAAUGAAAUCGCUGAUCCACACACCCAAAUAUUUAUAUAUUAUAAUCAUGGAAAUUGUCAGGGGUUCCCAAACUUUUGCAUACAACUGUAUUUUAGUGAACAUCACCACAGUUUCACACAGCAGCAAAUCAAAUGCAAAUGAAAGUUUGGUUUGACUUGAAACACUUGAGCAGUAAAUCAUGAGGAGAAAUAUUCAUUUUCACAGAAAUGUUGGCUGUAUCUGAUUCAUCACUGCACAUCUCUCUCUCUCUCUCUCUCUCUCUCUCUCUCUCUCUCUCUCUCUCUCUCUCUCUCUCUCUCUCUCUCUCUCUCUCUCUCUCUCUGUCUCUCUGUCUCUCUGUCUCUCUGUCUCUCUGUCUCUCUGUCUCUCUCUCUCUCUCUCUCUCUCUCUCUCUCUCUCUCUCUCUCUCUCUCUCUCUCUCAUAACCAUCAGGUGGCGAUAUGAUGAUGUGUUUAAGUUUAAUGGCUGUGAUGAAAACACUUCUGCCUGUGUCCGUUUUUAACACCAGGGGACUCAUUUAUAUAAUGUUGCGUAGAAAACAUCCUUAAUUUCAUUUUACAAUUAUUUAGUGUGAUUCAUAAAACGAACGUGUGCACAGAAAACAUGCGUAUAGAUGUCAAAUGAUCAGUGUUUUAAAAUGAGUUAAAGAAAUCACAGAAGCUGUAUUAUAAGUUUAAUACUGUAAUACAGCUUGUACACAAUGAAAUAAAACAGUGUUUCUCUAGGACCAAGAUGCUACACAAGACAAACACAAGACACACUUAAAGGGGCAUUUCACCCGUAGAAACAUUAAUCUUUAUUGAAAGUGUGUCAUAUUUGUAGUCGAAAUGUAACAUACAUUUAGAAUUUGGUGCCUAUUUGACAGAGAAAAGAGGUGUUUGUAGCCUCACCCCCUCAACAAAGAUAUAGGACUUUCUUCUUUCAAUGAUGCAAAAUGAUGAUUUUUACAUCAUUGAAAGAAGGAAGUGCAACAUUGAAAUCUGUAUUUCUCCUGUCUCAGUGGCAACUGAGGAAAUGAUGCAUGACCAUUCAAAAACAUGACUGGUGUUCUAACUAUACAAAGCUUAAUGCAAAUGGGUGAAGUGUCCCUUUAACUAUCACUUACUAAAGACUACAUAAUCUACUUCAUGAAGUUCAUGUGUAUUUUCUGUUCAUACUAUUUAAAAGGUGUUGUUAAAUGUUGUGUGCAUGCAUGCACGUGGACCUGAUGUAACAAAUGUCCCCCACACAGAUAGGAAUAGCUUUUGUGAGGUCCCCAUGAGGAAACAAGCUUAUACAUCAAACAGAAACAGAAAGUUAGGGGAAGGAAAUAUAAUAUACAGUUUGUACAGUAUAAAAACCACAAAACAUGGAAACCAGAAUGUGUGUGUGUGUGCGUAGAUCAGUUAUUAAUUAGUACAUGUAAGAACAUCAGUGUCUAAUUAUACACAAACACACACAUGUCUCUAUGUUUUUCAUGACGUCACUGAGAGUUUUUCAUAAACAUUCCAUCAAGAGCAAAUGUGAAGCGGGUUUAAGUAUCUGCACAGCUGUUACACUUUCCCAGGACAUUCCCAGGACACCACAUCAAAUCAAUCUCCCACAUUUAUUCAGCAGAACUUCAGCCAGUACCGAUUCCUCUGUCCAGAUGUUCACAUCUCACAAAAC